AUAAAGAAAAAAAAAGUAGUCCACUUUCACGUAGGGUUUAAUAGUGUUGGUAGUGUCUCUGCUUUCUGCUUCUGCUUGCACAAACCUAGCUCUCUCCCGUCUCUCUGUACAUAGUACAAAGACGAAGGAUAAACGAGAAUCGGGCUUUUCCUUGGAGCAAUGGAAAACAUAGUUAUAACCGGUACAGAGAGAAAGAUCGAGUUCCAUCCCGCUAGAAAAUCGUUUACUGGGUUGGGAAGUAGCGGUGCUAGUGGCGAUUUUCAGACUGGGAAGAAAAUAGACGGGUUGGAUUUCAUGGAAAAUUGGCUUGAUCCCGAGCUCAGUUUUGGGAUUACUUUCAGGAAAAUUGGCGCUGGUUUGGAAAAUCUUGGAAACACUUGUUUUCUCAAUUCGGUGUUGCAGUGUCUAACAUACACUGAGCCUUUGGCAGCAUACUUGCAAAGCGGCAAGCAUCAAAAUUCAUGCCAUAUUGCUGGUUUUUGUGCCUUGUGUGCCAUCCAGAAGCAUGUUAGUCGUGCUCUACAAUCAACUGGGAGGUCACUAGUACCCAAGGAUCUUGUAUCAAACUUGCGAUGCAUAUCACAGAACUUCAGAAAUGCUAGACAGGAGGAUGCUCACGAGUACAUGGUAAACUUGCUGGAAUCAAUGCACAAGUGCUGCUUGCCUUUAGGAGUUCCAAGUGAAUCACCUGCUGCUUACGAAAGGAGUUUGGUGCACAAAAUCUUUGGUGGUCGCCUCCGUAGUCAGGUUGAAUGCCAACGGUGCUUGUACUGCUCCAACAAGUUUGAUCCAUUUUUAGAUGUAAGCCUGGAAAUAGUUAAGGCAGAUUCUUUGCCUGUUGCACUUCGAAACUUUACUGCCGCAGAGCUGUUAGAUGGAGGAGAGAAGCAUUAUCAAUGCCAGCAGUGCAAGCAGAAAGUUAGAGCUAAGAAACGGCUUACAGUCCACAAGGCUCCAAAUGUACUUACCAUCCAUCUAAAGCGCUUUCAUUCAUAUGAUCCUGGACGGAAAGUUGACAAGAAAGUCUUAUUUGAUCGCUCAUUGGACAUGAAACCAUUUGUCAGUGGUUCCUAUGAAGGAGAUUUGAUGUACAGUCUCUAUGGUGUUCUGGUACACUUUGGUCAUAGUACCCAUUCUGGUCAUUAUGUCUGUUUUGUACGCACAUCGAGUGGUAUAUGGUAUCUCCUGAAUGACAAUGAGGUUCGCCCAGUUAGUGAGAAGACUGUUCUAGACCAGAAGGCAUAUAUGCUUUUUUAUGUCCGUGAUAGAAAAAAUAUGGCUUCAAGAAAGCCUGUUGAUGUAGUUCAGAAAGAAAAUAUGAAAGCAACUGCUGGAAGUGACAUUGCAAAUUUGGUUUUUAAGCAGUCGUCAAAGGAACCGGCAGAUAAUGGUUCAGUUGGGAAUAGAUCACUGGCUGCAGGCUCUGCUGCUACUGUUAAUAGAAAAGAUCCACUAAAUUUUGGUGCAUUAAAAGAUAUCCUUCAGAAAGAAGGAUUGAAUCGCCCAGUGAUUUCAGAAUGCUUAGUUACAAAAUCAGAUCCUAGUGCAGAACCUUCAGGUUCACCCUUACCUAAGAACCUGUCAAAAGAAGUUUAUCCAAACCCUGAUCUGGAACAUUGUUUUCUAUCUGCAGCCUCAUCCAUUAAUAGCAAAAGCGACACUGCUAAAGUUGAAAAUGCAACCGUCACUAUUGGGGUCAAAAGUGAUUGUAAUGAGACAUUUUCUAAUAGCAAUGAGCCCCAAAACUCACCUAUUGCAAAGCUUGGCACAAAUGAGACCUCAGAAAAGAUUAAUCAUGUCUUUAAUGCGGGAGUUGACACAGAGAAGAAGAUUCCAAGACUUUCUCAAUCUGUGGAUUCUAGUGAGAAAGCAUUGAACAAAAUAGAUAGUGGAAAAUCACCAAAUGAACCUAGCUGUAAAAGCAGUAAGGUUGGAGGUUUUACUGAUGAAGGUGCUGCUUUCAAUUCUCUUGGUGAUGACAAUGGGGAUAGUAGUCAACGAAUUGCAAAUGAGUUGGUUGUAUCAUCAAUCCCAUCAGUUAUGACAAGUGAAUGUCUACAGAGCAAAGCUCCUGAUUGUUCAUCUCCAAAAAAGUUAAGAAGGAAGCUUUUGAAGUGUAGGAUGCCAAAUAUGUAUCUUGGCCCAAAAUUAUUCAGAAUCAGAGCAUCGUUAGACCUUCAGAAAAAGAAGAAACAUAAAAAGAGCAAGCACCGCUCUUCAGAGACCCAUAAUCUCAUUAAAGUACAGUUGGAGAGUAAUUGUUUUUUGUCAGAUGUUGGGCCAUCUACAUCAAAGAUAUCCAUGUCAGUUUCAUUGGGUUCAACAAAUUCUCAAAGGAAGAGGGCUAAAUCUCAUUCAAACUGUAGAGGCGAUUCCCUGAUGGAUACUGUGGAUGAAGCAUUUGAGAAGAGUGAUAACCAGAAUGGAACUACAUUGCAUACACAGUUAAAGAAGGGCUCAUUAUCAAUGUCUAAAGCGAACCAACAGGAUGCAAGUGUUCUUGAUUGCACAGAAGGUAGCAGAAAAGAUGCAUCAGAGAAUGGGAUGAUGUGUGCGCUUACUCGAGGUCUGCGAGAGACAACUGUUGCAUCUUGGGAUGGGAUAGAGUUGCCUGAGUCCCAGAUUGUGGAAUCAAAUCUCUGCAUUGGUUAUGUGCCAGAUGAGUGCGAUGAAGAAUAUGAUCGAGGUAAGAGAAAGAAGUUGAGGCAAAAUAAGCAAAACUUUGGUGGGCCAAAUCCUUUCCAAGAAAUUGUCAGCAAAAAAACACAAUUUAAGAAGGCGAAGAAGGACCAAUCUAGCUCUGGAAACAACCCAUUCAGGAUAUGAAGUCGUUGGUGUCAAUGUGAAGCAACAUGAUUUGUCGACAUGCUGUCAAAAUUGUAGGUAGCAACUCUUGCUAUGUUGUUAACAAGUUUUGUAAUUUUUUAUUCAAUUUAUUGGAAGGGGAGGAAUGAAAUAUGAGGGAGAUCAGGAGUUAGAGAUUUUGGGAUAAAGAUUAUGGAAGAAUAAUUGCUGGCAUAGAUUUAUUAUUAUCAUUAUUAUUAUUAUUAUAGAUAAGUAGUUGCAUGUA